AUGGACACUGGCCGCAUGCAGCCCAUCAAGCUGGCUCGGGUCACCAAAGUUCUGGGCCGGACCGGUUCUCAGGGCCAGUGCACCCAGGUGCGCGUGGAGUUCAUGGAAGACAUGAGCCGCUCUGUCAUCUACAACGUGAAAGGCCCCGUGUGGGAGGGGGACGUGCUCACCCUGCUCAAGUCGGAAGAGAGGCCCGGAGGCUGCGGUGAAACCCGCAGGUGGAGGCCCCUAGGCUGCUGCUUGUGGAAGGACUGCUAA